AGAUAUACUUUGCUUGCCUUCUCGCUUGCUAUGCACGGAGGUCUGAAGAAGGUGCGAGCUCUCAGCUCUUACAAUCGUAUCAAUGCGCACAAUAGGAUUGGAUAAUUUUAUAAUAGCCGUUUGCACGUGGGUCUUUUAGCGGCGGAAGCAAAGGUUUAUAAACAGGUCGACUGAAAGCGAAGCGUCAGUUGCAGUCUGAGCUGAUUGGCGGAGGUCGGGCAAUUGCUGGUAUUACAUAGAACGAGCUACGAGGGCAUUAUACCUGUGCACAGAAGUGAAAAAGUUAGAAACUGGUGGAGAAAGGCAACUGAGAGAUAAGAUUCAAGAAGACCAAGCAGCAAGAUUGUGAUUAACAAGGAAACAUGUCUAAGAGUUUUCUGAUAGAUACGAUUAUACACAACAGGCCAAAGCUAGAGCAACCCGAUGCCCCGCCACCGUUGAUUCCGAAUGAACAGGUGAGUCCGCAUCACUCCAGAGGCUCUAGUCCAGCCAACGUUUCUCCACCUCAUUCACCUCACCACCAUCAUGAGAAGCGAUACAGCUCCGAAUCAACAACAUUCUGCACUUGUUGCAUUCCAAAGUCGCAGCCGUCAGCAUGCCAAUGUCAGAUGUGCACGGACACUUCCCCGAUCAGUCCCAUGUUCCCGUCAUAUCCAUACUGCUCACCGUACAGAGAAGGUUCAAGGCACCAAUACGAUAGAGAAGGCUAUAAGAUGUCAUACCCGACCAUGAAUAUCCACGACUGUCCACCGCAUCUUCUGCCAUCUUACAUUCGCGAACUCGAGAGUCGCAGAAUGAAGGCCCAGAUGCAAUGCGGGAAGUCGAAGAGAAUACGAACCGCGUACACAAGCAUCCAGCUUCUUGAGUUAGAGAAGGAGUUUCAAAAUAACAGAUACCUCUCGAGGCUUCGACGAAUACAGAUUGCAGCUAUGCUUGACCUUACUGAAAAACAGGUGAAAAUCUGGUUUCAAAACCGCAGGGUAAAAUGGAAGAAGGAUAAGAAAGCCCCUCAGGGUAACGAUAUCGAGUAUCCCAAUUCACCAGCAUCACAGUGAACUCGAGGGGAAGAGAUCAAGCGAACAUGGUCUUGGUGGAAUCCCACCUUAAAUGCGCUCCUUGAUGGCUCUAUUUGAAUGCAAGACCUGAGAUGGACUCGAAGCUGCGAGAAAAAGACACCAGGUUCUUACGUUUGAGCUCUGAUAAAAAUGGCAAGAAGUGGCCAAAGAAGCCCGGUAAUGAAUAGCGGAGAAGAGCAACUCAUUCGAAUGUUCUUAUUGAACGUUGAAUUCCAGUAAUCCAGACUUUUCUGUCGCAAAAUCGAAUAAAUCAAUUGAAAGAUUGUAAUUCAGUUUCUGAUUAAUAUGAACAGUUGUUAUUAUUGAGUAAUUUAUUCAAAUACGCAUGGGAAUUAUUAAUUUCAUGAGCAUUAAAUGCAAUUGUCUGUCAACAAUUAUGUUCGAUUAUUUGUCAUGAUAUGCACAACGUUAA